AUGCCCGGAGCACUGCGCAGCCGCCUCCGCCGCGUCCUCACCGGGCAGGAGGGCGAGGGCGGCAUUGCGGCCAAGAUCAAGCACGGCAAGCACCCAAAGCCCGCGCAGCCCGAGAGCGACUUCUACCUGCCCGGCGAGAAGAUGCCGCCCAUGAAGUACCGCCGCCCCGUCGACCCCGAGCACAAGAAGAACCUCGACGCCUUCAGCUUCAAGAAGGCCUGGCGCCGCCGCAGCCACCAGAGCCUGUACUCGCCCAUGGGCAGCCGUCUGCCGAGCCGCAAGGGCAGCUUCCGCAGUCGCCGCAGCCGCAGCCGCAGCGUCCACCGCAGUCGCCGCUCGAGCUUCCACAGCGACUACGACGAAGACGACGAGACGUGGGUCGACAGCGGCAUUGGCGCGAGCCUCUCCGACAGCGACCGUCCGGCCAACAUCCGCGAGGCCAGCGACGACGAGGGCGACGUCCUGAAUGUCGGCCUCUCCCGCAAUCCCACACAAGACCCCCGUGACGCGCCACGGAAAGAGUCGACGGGCGCCCGCCGUCGCUCGAGCUCCGCCCACUCGGUCCGUCCCAGCAGCACACGGCCAGCCACCGGCUCGGAUCGCACCCGUGGAGACUCGCAGCCUUUCUCGCCCGAGGACCUGGAGCUGGCGCUGCAGAAGUCGCACCUCGACGCCAAGAAACUCGAGGCCACCAAGGAGGAGCCUGACCGCAGCAACGGCUGCCCCGACGACGACGACGACGACGACGACGCCAGCCCCUUUGACAAUCUGCGUCCUCGCGGUGGGUCCAUCUUCAUCCCGCAGGACGCCGAGAGCCCCGGCCUGUUCCCUGGUUGGAACUUUGUUUCUUCGCCCACAAAAGGCGGGCCGUCGUACCUCCCUCCAAAUGACGCCACCCCCAUCCAGUUCGAGCGACGCGAGUCCAUUUUCGUCUCCAAAGAGGAGCCGUCGUUUUUCCCAAGACCCGGCUCGCUCGAUGCAGAGAGCGAGAACGCACCCCAGACCGGACGGCGCGGCUCGACAUUCGCUCCCGACGAGGCAGACGCCGUGGCUCCUCUCGCGGCUGCCGAGCCGCCCAAGCGCAAGCCGGUUGUCAGCUGCCCUAGCGAGGAGAUCAUGAAGAUCCUCGCGCGCCGGGAUUAG